AUGGCGCUGCCCGUCAUCCCGAUCAUCCGUAUCCCCCAAUACAAGUACUGGACGCAGCGUCUCGCGUUGCCACGGACCAUGGUGGUGGCCGUCGACGACACAUCCCAUGGCUCGCAUCUGGAGGAAGGCGUCCUGCGUAGCCCAAGCCACCUCUUCAACUCGCUCUUCGAGUACACCACCAAGAUCAUUGACGUGACGCUCGCCAUUCCCCUUGGAGAAACCGACGCUUUGUGUACUGCGCUCCGUGCAUGUCCCAACGUCUCGCGCGCCAACUUUAUGUGGGAACAAGUCGACCAAGCCGCGCUUGACGCGUUGAUGACCAUGAUGACAUCAUCGUGGCCCCAUCUGGAGACCCUGCAGCUCGGCUCCGCACGCCGCUCAAUGCGCUCGUUGAUUGGUGACGCCGACAGCGUCUGCCGGUGGCUCGUCGUCGCACGCGUGUCGUCGAUCACGAUUUAA